AUGGGAUGCUCGAGCUCUAAAGAGGAGGACCUCCCCUUGGUCUCCCUCUGCCGCCACCGCCGCGACGACCGCGUCGGCGGCGCCCUACACCGUUUCGUAACGGAGGAUCUAACGGCCGUCCCCUCGCCGCCGUCAUCUCCAGUGCUCACGCUUCCUCCUUCUGAGGGCAAGAGCAAGUCCAAAUCUGAUGACGGUUCUAGCGGUAACGGUAACGGCAUUGGGGAUUCCCGUCAUCUUUCUUCAAUUUCGUCGUCUGUUUCUUUGUCUUCGUCUUCUUCGGUUUCGGAUUUUUCUCAUUCACAUUUGCCGGAGGAGAAUGCGGAUGCGGAUUCGCACUUGCAUGUCGCUUCUAGAUUCGGAUCCGAACUUGGAUCCAGGAGAGAAACAGCGCAGGAGGGGGUUUCAGCUUAUCCUCCUCCUCCGCAGUUUCCUUCUUCGUUCUUAAACCCUACCUUUUAUCAGGAUCUGGUCACCGGUCGGUUUGAUUACCGCCAGCCCUAUUUGGACGGAGGACAGUAUCCAACCUUUGUAAACCCUAAUUAUUACCCGAAUCCGGUCACCGGAGGUCAAUUUUCAAACCCUAGUUUUUACUACAUGAAGAAAUCGGCGACAACUCCUUCAACAUUUUACGUUGAUCCGAAUAAUAUGGAAAGAUCUGAGUAUUCGAAUUAUUCUAGUUACUAUUACAAUGUUCGGGGCCCAACAUUUGGAGACGAAAGAGGCAAUGUGGCUGAUUCCAGCGCUGGUCGGCAAGCGCCGGAGGCAGCAGUGCCGCCGCCGCCGCCGGAACCAGAGGGAUCUGGUUGGGAUUUUUUCAAUGUUUUUGACAGUUACGAGCAGUACUUGAUGAAAGUUAAGGGGACUUUGCGAUUGGGGCCCGGAUCUGUGAGCAGUCCAGAUUCGAGUGAGAUUAGGGAAAAAGAAGGGAUUCCUGAUUUGGAAGAGGAGACCGAGCCGGAGUCAUUUAGGGAAGUUGAGAAGAAAAAGGAAGUGGUGGGUUCAAGCAUUGGUACCUCAAAGGCGCCACCUUUGGAGGAAUUGGUCAAAGAAAAGACUGAAAAUAUAAUGAAUGAGCGAGUCAGGGAAGAAAAAGCACCCAGUGUGAAGGAGGAAAUUUUUGUGAGAAAGAAAGGUGUGAGUUUUGAGGUGGAAGGCUCGAUAAAGACUGAGGAAAGCAGUCCCGGUAGUUCGUUACGUAGUUCUCUUGUCACUGAGGAAAGCAGGUCAACUGAUGGAAUCGAGCUGCAUGUUCAUGGAACAAAGGAUGUAGUGGAGGCUGUGGAGGAGAUAAAGGAGCAGUUCAAGUCAGCAUCUGGAUGUGGAGAAGAGGUAGCGAGGUUGCUUGAGGUGGGAAAGCUACGAUAUAGAUCGAGGAGGACGCUAUUGAGAGUGAUCUUUUCCAGGAUUUUGGAUUCCUUGAGUCUAUUUACAUUGACAUCUUUGAGCCAAUCAUCAACUGGUGUUCGACAUCCAAAUCUGAAUGUGCCAAAGGAGCAUGAUGUAAUGGGUUCUGAUUACAUCAAUCGGAAGUCUGAUAAUCUUGCAGCAACGUUGGAAAAGUUGUACACAUGGGAGAAGAAACUGUAUAAAGAAGUCAAGGAUGAAGAAAAACUACGAGUCCUCUAUGAAAAGGAGUGCAGGAGGUUGAAAGCCAUGGAUGAUGGUGGAGCAGAAUCUUCAAAGAUUGACUCUACCCGCUCCGUAAUAAGAACACUGCUCACAAAUCUAAGCAUUGCUAUCAAAUCUGUGGAUGGCAUUUCAUUCCAGAUACACAAGCUCAGAGAUGAAGAGCUGCGCCCCCAAGUAAUCAAAUUAAUUCAAGGAUUAAUGACAAUGUGGAAGUCUGUGCUGGCUUGCCAUCAGAGGCAGUUUCAGGCUAUAGCUGAAAGUAAAAGCCAUAAUCUCACAGCUAGAAGCAGGUACCAAAGAAAUUCCAUUGCAAAGGCUACCAUGGAAUUAGAAGUAGAGCUCUUAAACUGGUCAUCUUGUUUCCAAAAGUGGAUUAGCACCCAGAAAGCUUAUAUCGAAGCUCUCAAUGGAUGGUUAAUGAAGUGGCUUCUUCAGGAACAGGAGGAAACCCCUGAUGGAGUCCUGCCAUUCUCCCCUGGUCGAAUUGGAGCCCCCACUAUUUUCAUAGUCUCCAAAGAUUGGCAUCACACAGUUGAUAAUAUAUCCGAAGUUGGAGUGACGUCUGCGAUGCAAAUCUUUGCUGACAAUGUGCACAAGUUGUGGGAGACGCAAGACGAGGAACAGCGACAGAAGUUGAAGGCUGAGUACUUGUCUCGAGAUUUCUCCAGAAGGCUUAGAUCCCAUCAGAAAGAAAACGGGCAUGUGGAUAUUGCUUCUAGUAACAGACCCAUGCCUCUUUCAAAUAAUGCGUCCUCUCAUGAUGAUCAUAUAAAGAUGGCCUUGGACUCCAUGAAGAAGAGAUUGGAGGAAGAGAAAGUUAAGCAUCUAGAAAUUAUGAAGCAUGUUCAAGAAGUGGCUUCUAGUAGCUUACAGACGGGUUUGAUUCCGAUUUUUGAAGCCUUGGGGAAUUAUAGCACUGAGACAUUGAGAGGCUAUGAAGCACUUAGAAUUCCAAGUGAUAACUUUGAAGGAACAUAAGGAGGUUGGGAAAUAUGUUGGCUUUCUCCUGGAAUAUAAACUCUUAACGAGGCUUUCGGCUAUAGGAAUGGUACAAAGUUUGAAUAACGUCUGAAACUGCUAAGAGUCUUUACGAAAGCUCUCCUGGUUCCUAGUUGAGCAAGAGCAUCUAUUUCAGUGGAAACCCGGGAUCGCUGUGAAUGUGAAGAGUAAAGAAAACAUUCAUCCAUAUCUUGAGAGGUUAAGUCUAAUGGGGAUUUCCUGUCGAUAUUUUUCUGUCGGACUAAUUAGUUCGUAAGCAGCAACAGGCAAUGUGGUUAACUUUUCAUAAGACAGUAAGCUUUAGAUGCAAGCAGGAUACCGUAGAAAGUGUUAGGCUUAUUUAUGUAUGAAGGGAAUUUUGGUUAGUCUUUAGGACAGUAAAUAUAAUUGAAUCUCUAAUUAAUCUUUGUUUGGCGUCAA